AUGUCGACCGGCUUGAAGAUUCCCCAGACCGGGCUGUCUCUCCACCUCGGAGACGAGUCCGGUGAUCCUUCUGUCAAACCAAAUCAGAUCAUGCGGUUGAAUCUGGUGCAGAGCACCCUCGAUGAUCUGAUUGAAAGCCUACGAAAGGAUCAACCGGCUCGAGUCCGGCUGGGAAAGCACCCAUCACUCCACUACGGGGGCAAGACACAAAUGUUCCAUGCGUACCCUGAAACACACCGAUCCGAGAUCUACCAUACCUCCUCCGAUAAAGAGACACUGUAUUUCACAGGGGUUCUAAGUCAUAGUCUGGAGGUGGAAAAGGCUAAAAAUGCUACCGCGGCCACCGAUCAGGCACUGGCAGAUUUAGAGGAGAAAUUAAAUGCCCAUGAGAGGGGGAAGGAGUCAAAGAAAACUCAUAUCAUCUCACAUCCGGAUGAGUUAAAGGCUCUACGAGGCAGCAAGGCAGGCUACAAAGGUCCCACCACCAAAGUCGAACUUGAGAAAGACCGUUUUCUCAAGACUGCUGCCAAUCGUUCUCUCACUGCAAGUCCUAUCUUGGGUGCUCCCAAGUCUCCCUCUCUCGCAAUGACCCCAACAUCUGCUCCAAUGAUGCAGAACAAAGACCGUGUGAGGCUGGAAGCCCUCAAGAUUCCUUUCAUUCACCUUCUCGCCGUCCGCGCCGUAUCAGCCAAGUUUCUUGCCCGCCAGACCCGCAGCACCGUCGAAGACUGCAUCGCCCUCGGCGAGAAAUUCGGGGUCGUGAACCGAAUUAACCCCGAGAAAUACAACCUCAAGGACAAGGUCUACAAGGAUCUAGAUUUGUUUGGCUUCAAUUACACCGAGGAGGACCGAAAAGAAGCCAUUGAGAAUUCGAUUUCUGCCUUCGAUCGGAUGCGCAUCUCUCGAUCCGACAAACUCUGGCAAACGCUUCUACCAAAGGCUGAACGAGGCAAAGGGAAGUGCCUUUCGCGUUUGAACCUUCGUACUGGCCCACCUCAGAAACCUACCGGUUCCCUCGCCAAAGGUAGCGGAGAGGACUCAGGCAAGGAUAAUGAGACCGACCGCGCCACAAAGGGAUCUGCGCCUGCUACCAAGACUACUUCGGCCUCGCAAAAGGCUCGUGACAAGGAAGUGACCAAGCGACCCACCAAAACCAAGAAUACCAACAGCACCCUCACCGGGCGGGUUACUAAGAAAACUGGUGGGAAGGCCCCAGCCAAAGUGGACAGCAAGAUCAAAUCUGCGGAGUUCGUCCACAGUUCGGAUGACGAUGAUGAUACCGACAUGCCUGAUAUUCCCCCCGCCACCCCCACUCCCGCUCCCGUGCCGACACCUGCACCUAAGCAGCAAGCGAAGGAGCACAAACGCACUCCAUCCAAUUCGAAGCCCCCAGCACCGAAAAUCAAGGCACCGGCCAAGCCUCGCAUCACCGAGACUACUUCAGUCCCAUCUGCGCCCGCUCCCAAGGCUAAACCUGAGACGUCAAAGCCUAAACUUGAACCACCCAAGCUUGAACCACCCAAGCCAGUCACCAAGGUUACAGCUUCCAAGCGUCCUCCCUCUCGACUCUCUACUUCGCCACAGAAGCCGUCUCCACUCGGUUCCUCUCCUCCUGCCAAUGUCUCCGAUACUACCAGCAGCAACCGCAGCCGAUCUGAUAGCCAGAACCAAUCCUCUGGCUCGUCCUCGUCCUCGCCUCUCAUCUCCCAGCUGGCCAAAACCACCAAGGUGGGCCGUGUAGCCCCUGCUGCUGCCAAAACUGUCAAAACUACUCCCCAAGCCAACGCUACCACGAAGGCUACCCCCGCUACCAACAACCCAUUGAAGCGCAAGGCUGAGCCCGAUCAAUUGUCUGUGCCUCGGGCAGGACGUCCUAGUGGAAACCUAGAAGCAAAGCGGCGCCGAGCAGUCAGCUCCUCCAGCGGUGGCAGCACUGGGAGUGCAUCUCCCCCAAUGAGCUAUGAAAUUCUUCGACAGCAACUACGGGAGAAGUCUCAGAAGUUUAAGAACUUCUACACAAAAUACCGCAAUCUGCAUGACUCCCUUGCAGCUCUCCCCAACCCGCCCCAGGUGGAUCUCGACAAGCUGCAAAAGCAACACACUCAUCUGCAGCGUAUGAAGAAGGAAAUCUGGGAGGAAGAUCGGCAGCUUCGUGAUGGCCUUCAUUCGUAA